AGUAACCCCCUCACUUGCCACUAUAAAGAUUCCCAUGACAAGCAAAUUUAGUGAGCAACUAACUUCACCUUAUCAGCUUGGUAGACCCAGAAGUUAGUCUUCACACCUUCCCUUGAAUUCUAUAUAUAUUGUAUUGCAUGAUUAACAUGCUAUAAUGCCAUCCGUGCAUUCUAGUCCGUGUUACUCGAUGGAAAACCCGGCUUUAGCAUCGCUACUAGGGCAGACGAGAGGGGAAAACAAGCGUAGCAAGUUGUCGAGCGGAGGAGGGCUUUUGAAAAUGUUGAAGCUGUUUCCCAUGUUGAGUUCGGGAUGCAAGAUGGUGGCACUGCUGGGAAGACCACGAAAGAUGCUAAAGGACAGUGCGACAACGGGGACAAUCUUCGGUUACCGGAAGGGGAGGGUGAGUUUGGCGAUACAGGAGGACACGCGCCAAAUGCCGAUAUUUCUUAUAGAGUUGCCAAUGAUGGCGAGCGCCUUGAACAAGGAGAUGGCGUCGGACAUAGUGAGGAUUGCGCUGGAGAGCGAGACCAAGAGCAACAAGAAGAAGCUUCUGGAGGAGUUCGUGUGGGCUGUGUAUUGCAAUGGGAGGAAAGUUGGCUACUCCAUAAGGAGGAAGCAAAUGAGCGACGAUGAGCUUCACGUCAUGCAGCAUUUGAGAGGGGUUUCCAUGGGAGCAGGGGUUCUCCCCACCUCAUCGGAUCAUAAGGAUUGCGAUGGGGAAAUGACUUACAUCAGGGCCAGCUUUCAGAGGGUCGUUGGCUCCAUGGAUUCCCAAGCCUUGUAUAUCAUUAAUCCUGAUGCCACUGCUCAUGGCCCUGAGUUGAGUAUCUUCUUUCUUAGACCUCACUAGAAAUCAAUUAAUCAAAUCUAGCUUACAUUUUAUCAUUAUUAUUCUAACCAUUUAAGCUCAAGCUUUUUCAAAACCUGUCUUUCAAUCAAUCCUCUCCCUUCAUUCUUGUUUAAUUUUUAAGAUCAGUUCUUCUAUUAUAUAUUACUACUACUAUAUUACAUCCCAUGUUUGUGUUUUUCUUCUCUCUCUCCCUCUUUUUUUUUUCCUUCAUGAUUGGCAAUUAUGACCGUCAAUUGAUCCUCAAGCAGCCUAGUUUUUUGGGUUCCCUCCCCAGAUAUCAUAGAAACUUUUUUCUUGGGUCAAUUCUUUUUGAAAAGGAAUAAUCCAACUUAAGCUAUGGGCUAAAACUAUAAACCCCUUAAUCACUUGUUUGAGAUAAGUUAUUUUAUUUGUUUAUUGUCUAAUUGCCUUUCUAGUCUCUCGAUGUUUGUCCAUUAGUAGUUUAGUCAAGCUUGAAAGGAUUUUGGUGGCGAAAAGAGUUCGUACUGGAAACAAGAAUUAUAGGAUCUUUGGCAGCUGGGACGGACUAUUAAUGGUAAUGAGUUUUACGUAACAUUUUCGUAGAAGAUUUAUUAACGAAUACAAAGUUACAAGACGUGUAAUUUUUCUCUUGGAUCAUGUAGAAAUGUUCCAGCUUUUAGUGUCAGAUUUCAAUUACAAGUA